GUCUCAGACUCUAUGCAAACCAAAGGCAGGCAUGAGAUCAAUAUCGAUGACAGUAUAAGAGGGUUCGGGAGGAAGCACUCACACCAUAAGCUAACAGUGCAAAAGAACUCCACCAUCCAGUCCAUACAUAAAUGGAUUCACAUUUUUGUCUCAGACUCUAUGCAAACCAAAGGCAGGCAUGAGAUCAAUAUCGAUGACAGUAUAAGAGGGCUCGGGAGGAAGCACUCACACCAUAAGCUAACAGUGCAAAAGAACUCCACCAUCCAGUCCAUACAUACACCACAACACAGUCCACACCAAUACCUGCAUACAGCGAGUCGUAAAGAGUCGGGCGUUUCGCUGAUGAACGCCAGCACAAACCUCUACAAACACCAAAACACACAAACAAUGCACACAAACGGCUCUAUUCCGCGCUAUCAUCAGCACGUGAACCGCCACUCGUGUCCGCCCACAUCAGGACCGCCGCCGCCAUCGGCCGCCAACUCCUUGCGAUCGUCGGCCCCGUUGUCGCUGCGCUCGACCGGCAACUCAACGCUCUUCCGGCACUCCAUAGCCAUGGAUUCAAUACCCCUGUCCGACACCAUAGUCUCUAAUGAUGACAGGAUUCUCGUCACAAACGAUAUAUUGAAAGACAAGAGUCAAGUGUUGAACAAUGAAAUCGUCGAAACAAAAGUGUCGGCAAACAUUUUGCCCAUUUUUAUCAUGGAGUUCCUAUCACUCGUAUGUCUGUCCAGUUUGGCCUACUUUCUGCGGUUCACCGAUUCGUUUGGUGUACUUAUAAGAGGUUUCUAUUGUGACGAUAAGAGUAUAUCGUUGCCAUUUCGGCCAACAUUUGGUGAUCAUUCAAAGCCAGUGAUGACCGCAUUUAGUGAUGAGCUCUUCUAUUCAAUUACUAUCGGAGUUCCCGUUAUAAUGGUAAUAGUCUGUGAAAUAUUACGAAUGAUUGCAAAGUCUGGAAACAAAAGAAAGAAAGUAAUCGCCGCCCAAACCGGCGGCUUUGCUUAUGGACUGCUCACCACGAGUAUACUGACGGACACAUUAAAGCUAAUUAGUGGACGACUAAGACCUCAUUUCCUUCAUAUUUGCCAAACUAUUACUGAGAUCUGUAAGCGAUUGUCAAUAGAGAACACAGGCGUUGAAUUUGAUCCGAAAACACACAUUGAAUUCAGACACAUAUGGAUUGAUCCAAAUGACUUCGAUGACUCAGUUCUUUGUCAAAACGAGACAUCACUCAUACGUGAGUCGAGAAUGUCAUUCCCCUCAUCGACCGCAUCGAUAGCCACUUAUUCGGCAUUCUUUAUGCUUCUAUACAUCAAUUCUAUGGUAACCUUCAAAUCGGGAAGAAUUGUCAAACUGUGGUUCACUGUCUCCACACUUAUUUGCCUACUGAUUGUCAUCUGUGGUAAAGUGUCGACUCAUGAGAAUCACGUCGAAGAUAUAAUCGUCAGCUUAAUUAUCGGCAUUGGAUUUGCACUCUAUAUUUGUUGCACACAAUUGAAUCGAUUCAGAGAUCAAUGUAAUAAUCAAAAGGACGAGUCCUAUGAAAGUGAGUCUCAGAUAAGUUUGACUGAAGAGGAAGAGAACGCCUGGUUUUGGAAGUACUUUCAUAUCCCAAGAGUUAAUUUGUUGAGACGAAGUGCCAGAUAUUUCCGCAAACGAGAGCCUAAUAGCCCCAUAUCUGUGGUUCGCUGCUCUAAUGGAUCCUCUUAUGUGAACCCAGCCUUUGAACACAAAGAUGUCAUCGACAGCAACACAUCCAGAACUCACUCUUCAUAUAUUGACAGUUAUAGGCGUUGA